GUCCAAUGCCGAGGGUCGAGACCGCCCCUCGGCUUGUCUGACAGGCGAGCGCCUGACGGAUGAGAUUUUGUUUUAGCUAGGGAUGCUGUCCAGGUACACGUCGAAACACAAGGUAAAGGACGACGGAGCUCUCCUUGUGAGAAAAAGCCACUGACCGCAGCCGUGGUGUGACUAUCGUUCACUUAACAAAUAGAGGACGAUGAUACGAACAUGAUAAGCGCCAAUGGCUUCUCAAAAUGCGAGGAGACUCUGCAAGAGACAGGCAGGAGGAGGCCGCCCGCAGAGACGCUCCAUCUGCUGUCAGCUGUUAUUGUUUGGCUGGUGACGGGAACCACCAUCUCCAGCCUCAACAAAUGGAUAUUUGCUGUUUACAACUUCAGAUACCCUCUGCUGCUGUCAGCGCUGCACAUGCUGACCGCCAUCGUGGUGGACUAUGGGCUGAUCAAACUGCAGGUGGUCCGCCACAGAGGGGUCGCAGAGCAGGAACUGACCCCCAGCGCUAAAUGUAAGGUGUUCAUGUUGAGUCUGACAUUUUGUGCCAGCAUCGCUUUUGGGAACGUGGGUCUGAACUAUGUCCAGCUGUCAUUUGCACAAAUGAUCUACACCACCACCCCGCUCUUUACUUUGGCCAUCUCCACGCUGAUCCUGGGCAAACAGCAUCACAUCCUCAAAUACACAGCCAUGAUGCCCAUCUGCCUGGGAGCCUCCUUCAGCAUCAUGGGAGAAGUCCAGUUUGAUCAGACAGGUUGUUUCUUUGUGGUUGCAGCGACCAUGUUGAGAGGCGUCAAGUCAAUUCAGCAGAGCAUCUUGCUUCAGGAGGAGAAAAUCAACUCUGUGUUCCUGCUCUACCUGAUGUCCAUUCCUAGCUUCUGCAUCUUGGCCGUGGCAGCUCUGGCCUUAGAGAACUGGGCUAUGCUAGAGUCGCCGUUUCAUUACGACCGCCACCUGUGGGUCUUUAUCUUGCUUAGCUGCCUGGGCUCAGUCAUGUACAACCUGGCCAGCUGCUUCGUCAUCACCCUCACCUCUGCCGUCACACUCCAUAUCCUCGGCAAUCUGAGUGUGGUGGGAAAUCUGCUGUUGUCUCAGCUGCUUUUCGGCGGCGAGUUGUCCGCCCUCAGCUGCGCCGGCGCUGUGCUGACUUUGUCCGGCAUGCUCAUCUAUCAGAAUUCAGAGUUCAUUGUCAGCUUCCUGGACAAACGCAGGGCCAAAGCUGAAAAGUCCGGACCGGUGGAUUUUCACACUGCAAGUGGAGAGGACUUGGACAAAGCUAGUGCAUCUGAACCAACAUAUCCUCAACAGAGAACGUGCGAGAAACUGGAAGACAAGAUGGACUGAACUGAAAAGAUGAAGGAGAGAAUAAUAUUUUGAAGGAUACAAUGAUUACAAUUCUGGCUAUGUGAGGGUGAGGGACUUUUUAUGGCCCUCAUUAGUGAUGAUGUGACAGAUCUUUAAUUUAACUUCCUCACUGUGCUAUAUAAUUUCUCCUCUGGUCACAUGGAAGUAGAGUCUGCAGAGAGGAAAAGGUAGCCUUUUAUUGUCAAGGUAAUGGUUAAAUGCUCUCCUUCGUAUAUAAAUAACUAAUACAUAGCCUUUAGCGGUAUAUGCAUGCAUGAGCACACUAAACUGAUUGAUACCUCUCAAGGUAUUCACACUGUCACUCACACUACACUGUGAACAUUUUCUCAUUGACACAGGGCUCUAAUCUAUGUUUUGGGUAGCUGUCGUAGAUAUUGUGGGCUGCAGGGGGCCUCGUGGGAUGAUGAGACCUCCGCCUCAAAUCUGAACGGGCACAAUUUGUAUAAGACGUGUAUUAAUGGUACUGUUACCUGACAUUCACCUGGCCCUGUCAUGGUAAGGGACUGGGUUUUUGGCAGCUAUUCUUUGGUUGGCGUUUGAACCACAAAGCUAGUUUAAAUAAGGACACUAAAACAUUUAUUUAGAGGCAGAAGUUAACAAGGAGAUGCCUCUUUUCCUCCACUGAAGCACAUUUUCUAACAAGAGGCCAGAGCUCUGUGUAUUUUGUCCUCCGCCAUGAAGCUCAGUGUGGCUUCCCACUUAAGGCUUAGAUUUAAUUCUCAGGCUACUCUCUGAAGAAUUGGUCCAAUUAUUUCAAUCUUAUACAACAGUGCGCUCACUGCAGCUUUCCUCGAUAAUUAGGUUCACAAGUUCUCUAAGGAGUGUCACUCAACUAUAGCCGUCUUUUCCCUGUGGAAGAGAUGAGGAAAAAGAAGAUGAGAUGUCCUAUAAGGUUGCUUCUUCAAUCCCAACCAAUGUCAUCUGUUAGGUUUAAUAUUUCCUUUUCUGUGGAUUUAAAUUACCAGCCCAUGUUGAAAGACUGUCCUCUGCUGGAUGAUGUUAUUUUUUCUCUCAAUAUUUGAAAAGCAUUUUAUUAAUACGAAUGUUCUGUUUGUGACAAAACACAUUUUACUCCCUUUUUAUUUUAAAUGUGGAAGAAAAUAUUUAUUUUUGAAUGACUAGCAGUCACUGGCUUUGUUAUGCUGUCGGCUUUGGUCCUCAAGUGUCUUGUACAUGUAAUAUUAGUCGGCACACUAGUCCCUCCUGUCCUCUCUUUUUAGAGAACAGUCAUAUAUUCUAUGCAGAAGACUGCAUGUCGCUGCUCCUGAAAGUAUCUUAAACGAUCCAAGAUGUCUGUUACUGUACACUCCCUUCUACAUUUAUGGUUUGCCAAAUGUCUUCAAAAGCUUUUUUUGGUCACUGUGUCAAAAAUACUGGUUCCCUGAUUGACCAGAAAUGAUUGUUUUCUCACAUACAGUUGAACCCUCACAAGAACCACAACUAAGCCAUACGUCAGUCUAUUUAUUCAUGAGACUCGCCACAAUUUCCAUAUGAAUAACUACAAGUAGGAUUGUAUGCUGAAAUAUUUAACUUAACGCAUCACUGAUGUAAUAUUUAAAGGGUGCCAUUCAUAAAAUAACAUUCAUCAUAAAUGACCCCAAGAUUCUUUUCAUGAAUCCACAGUCAUGGAUAAAUGGCUUUACUGGUUUAAUGUUUCAAAACACACUGAUGUCAGCAAUUCUCAAUUACAGGUUUAAAGAUUAUGUACAGCAGCUCAUUUCACUCGUUUUAAAUUAUUGAAUACCUCCGCUGUUAAAUAGGACUUGUUAUGCCCUUUUGUUCAUUGAUUAUUAACUAUUGGCCUCAGAUCAAGCAGCUUUUCCAUAACCACAAUUAAACUGCAGCAUGUGAA